CCUCGUCUAAACGGACACUAUUUCACCCAAUUCUGAUCUAUGCUAGACGCAGGAGCGGAGAGAAGAAGCGCAGUGAGGUGGUUGAAUUCUCUGAAGGAUCUGAAUUACAGCCCUUAACGACUCUGGUUAUAAGUAUAUAUUUCCCUUGAAGGAGACCGUGUCGCUGAGAAAAUGAUAAAUAUAGUAAUAUUGAUGCUCUGUGGACUGUUUGACAUCGCGCAGGCAAAAGACGCUGAGUCCAAAGCUCGGUUCAGUUCUCCAGAGCUGGAUGUGACUGAGCGGCAGCUGGUACUGCAGGCCAGGCAGACUCUCCAGCUAAACUGCACGGGACGCUGGGCACUGCAGUGGACGCUGCCUGCAGGCGUAGACAAAUCGUCCCCUGACGUCCGGAUCGAGGAGUCUCACUGCGGGAAACGGGACCAGCAGUUCUGCAGCCGGCUCACCAUCGCUUCGGCUUUGGCCUCUCACACUGGAGCCUACCGCUGCAAAUACCUCCUCAAACAGCAAAAACAAAUCUCCCUUUACGUCUAUGUCACAGAUAGCCAGCAACCGUUUGUCAGAGCUGAGUCUGAGAUCCCAGACGUGGUCUACAUGAAAGAGGGUCAGCCCUUAACGUUCCCCUGCAAGGUCACGGCGCCUGCCACGGUCGUCUCCCUGAUCAAGUUUCCUGGACAGCGGCUGGAGCCAGAUCAGGAGAACAUCAUCUGGAACAGCAGGAAGGGCUUCAUCGUUCGUAAUCCCACCUACCGUUUCAUCGGCCUGUUUACCUGUGAGACCACUGUUAACGGAGUCAAACACACAAACAAAUUUGUGACUCACAGACCAGUUAACAAGAUCCUGGAUGUGUAUUUGAACAGCAGCAGGUUGGUCGAAGCCCUGCAGGGCGAGAAGCUGGCCUUGAACUGCACCGUGACCGCUGAGUGGAACUCCAGAGUGUCCAUCAGCUGGAGUUACCCGGGAAAGACCAACGGUUCAGCCUCCAUCACCAGACGCAUAACGCGAAGCAGGACCAGCGUGGUGUUCUACAGCGUUCUGACCAUCGCUCGGCUACGCAAGGCCGACCGUGGUGUUUACACCUGCAACGUGAGCAGUGGUCCGGCAAAGCGUCAAGCGAGCACAACCGUCGUCAUCUACGACCAGCCCUUCAUUCGGCUCAAACACAGACACGGUUCUGUAGUGCAGACUGUCGCGGGGCAGAAAUCCUAUCGACUUUCCCCGAAACUGAGAGCUUUCCCCGUUCCAGAAGUGAUCUGGCUGAAGGAUGGCAUGGUAGCGGCGGAACGCUGCUCCCGUUACCGUGUCGACGGGUACUCCUUAGUGAUCCGAGAUGUUGCCGAGGAGGAUGCAGGGGUUUAUACCAUCCUCACUGGAAUUCAGCAGUAUGGAAUUUUCCGGAACCUCACAAUCUCAUUGGUGGUGAACGUAAAACCCCGGAUAGGAGAGAAAGCUGUGUCCGUGAGUGACCCAGGAGCAGUGCCCCGUGGGAGCAGACAGGCCCUACACUGCACCUCCCACGGAGUCCCCCCACCCCAAAUCCAAUGGCUCUGGCACCCCUGUCCCCCAAAAGGCCUGUGCGAGAACUUUUUUUCUUCCUCUUGGAGCGCAGUGAGAGAGACCGCGGAGGUCACGUCAACACACAACCCUAUCCUGCGUGUUAGUCACAGACGGGAUGUUCUUCAGGGGAAGAAUAAGACUGUGGGAGUCCUGACAGUGGCCGAGGCGCUUGUCUCUGGUGUGUAUCGCUGCGUUGCCUCUAAUGCUCUGGGCAGAGAUAACCUGGAUGUGGGAUUCUAUGUCACAGAUGUUCCUGGAGGCUUUAGCGUCACUUUGGAGGAGGAGCCUCAGGAGGGCAGGAACCUUCACCUGUCCUGUGUGGCCAAUAAGCACCUGUAUACGCAGCUCUCCUGGCACAAAGUGAAAAACAGCACCGAAGCCACGCCCACAGGCUCGGGAUUGGCCAGUGAGUUGACCGUGGGACGGUACUCCCUCACUCUGCGGUUGUUGCUAAGAAACUUAACAUCUCAGGAUUCUGGAACCUACCGAUGCUCCACUCACCACCUGCUCACCAGAGAAACGAGCCACCUGGAGACCCAUGUGGACGUCACAGUUCUGGAGGCUCCUGUGUUGCUACAGAACCUGACUGACUCCAAGGUGAAUGUCAGCAGCUCUGUCACUCUCAGCUGCCCCGCCCACGGUGUGCCACGCCCACUCAUCACAUGGUACAAGGACCAAAGGAAGCUUCAGCAGUCAUCUGGUAUCAUUCUGGCUCCAGAGGGCGGGACUCUACACAUUGAUCGAAUCACAGUUGAAGACCAAGGCCUGUACACCUGCCAGGCAUCCAAUGAGAGAGGCACAGUGGAGAGCUCCGCCUACGUUUGGGUUGACAGUUCGUCUGAGUCUCUCUCUCUGGAGAUUCCCACGCUGGCAUGUACUUGUGUGGUGGCCACACUCUUCUGGCUGUUACUCACACUCCUCAUUCGCAAACUCCGACAGCCAAGCUCAGUGGAAACCAAACCAGAGUACCUGCCAAUCAUCUUGCAUCCAGGGGAGGGGCCAUUGGAUGAGCAAUGUGACAGAUUACAGUAUGACCCCGCCGAGUGGGAGUUCCCUCGAGAAUGUCUCCAACUGGAGAAAUUACUUGGAAGAGGAGCAUUUGGCAAAGUGAUGCAGGCAUCCGCCUUUGGCAUCGGAAACUCCAACAGCUGCUCCACUGUGGCGGUCAAAAUGCUGAAAGAGGGCGCCACAGCCAGCGAGCACAAAGCCUUAAUGACCGAGCUGAAGAUCCUAAACCACAUCGGCCAUCACCUGAACGUCGUCAACUUGCUGGGAGCGUGUACCAAACCAGGAGGGCCUCUGAUGCUGAUUGUGGAAUACUGCAAAUAUGGAAACCUCUCGGCAUACCUGAAGAGCAAGAGAGAAGUGUACAGGGUGAAUGGAGAUCAGGAAAAACAUGAGAGCUGUUUGGUGCAUGAGAGAUUCAGCCCUGGUUUUGGGAAGGAGGGAGACACUCUCUCUAUCUCUGUGAAGCCUUUACUGCUGGAGGACUUGAUCUCUUACAGCUUCCAGGUGGCACGGGGCAUGGAGUUUCUGGCCUCACGCAAGUGUAUUCAUCGGGACCUGGCUGCCCGGAACGUCCUCUUGUCUGAGAAUAACGUGGUGAAGAUCUGUGACUUUGGCCUCGCUCGAGAUGUUUACAAAGAUCCCGACUACGUCCGCAAAGGCGAUGCAAGGUUGCCGCUGAAGUGGAUGUCUCCAGAAUCCAUUUUUGACAAGGUCUUCACCACCCAGAGUGACGUCUGGUCCUACGGCGUUCUCCUAUGGGAGAUUUUCUCCCUGGGAGCAUCACCGUACCCAGGACUGAAUAUUGACGAGGAGUUCUGCCACCGCCUGAGGCAGGGGACACGCAUGCGAGCACCAGAGUACAGCACUCCAGAAAUUUAUAACACUAUGCUAGCCUGCUGGGAGAACAACCCUGCUGACAGACCCACCUUCUCUGGGUUAGUGAAGACGCUGGGAGACCUGCUACAGGAACGGGUUCAACUGGAUGGGAAAGAUUAUAUUCCCCUAAACACAUUCCUCAAAGGGGACAGUGAUGCUCUUCCCCAGCAGAACGACUACAGAGACACCAGCCAGAGAACAGGGAACUCUGGCUAUAUCAACACCAGAAGAAUUGAAAACAGCACAUUUGAGGAGGCGCCAAACAGGGAAAUUUCUGACGAAAGUCAGACUGACAGUGGAAUGGUGCUUCCAUCUGAGGAGUUUCUUAAGCUAAAAUGGAGUGAAAAGUUUAAACACGACACGCUGUCCAAGUUGCCGACUGUGGGGAAGUGCUCUGACUCGGUGGUGCCUGUCAUAGGGCUGGGCUGCAUGAACAGCGCCCCCUGUGGCAUGGCUGAGAAUGAACUGGCCGUUAUCCAACAUAACUGCGACUCGGAGUCACGCUGCUCCCCUCCUCCCGGCUAUGACUCCGCACUCCUCUGCCCCUCUCUCUAACACACACACACACACGCUAUUGUUUUCCUGGGCUACUUUAUAUCGUUACCGUUAUCAUUUUUUCACAUCAAUAUGUCUCUCAUACUUUCUCAUAUCAACGCUUUUCAAGUUAGAAAGAGAUUUACCCCUUUGUUAUAUAUACCACUACAUAUAACAGUCAUUUAUACUUUAAAUUUGAAUCCAUUUUUUUUUUUUUGGCAUUAUUUUGUAUAUUAGAUCAACAGCUUCAGUUAAGCUCAAUAUAGCUACCUCACGUUUCCCUUUUCCUCCAUCAGUACAUGUUAUCUAAACUCUAACGUUUCACUGCGGUAAAAACGUGACUGUUACUUUUUUUUUUUUAAGGUAAACUUAAAUCUGAAGUCUUUAAAAACUGGUUACACUAGAGGGCGCUAUCUAAGCUACUUCUUUAAGCUAGGGCGGGGAAUGCCAACAAUGAAGUGGACAUGUGAAUCAGCACAAGUGCCCUCUUGUGGCAUAUGCUGGUAAUGUACGUGUCUUUAAGAUGACUGCAUUAAGAUCACGCCUAUAAAGUCUCGGACGCUAUACAGGGUUACCUUCGUGUUUGAUUGUGCAUCUCUGACUGUCAGAGCAUAUAUAACAAUAUAUUUAUUAAUCCACCAUGCUGUAUGUUAUCAAAACUA